AUGUCGUCGACCAUGGUGACUUCACUGGACAACAUGCAACGCUAUACAAUAAAACAUCAACAUUACAAUUCUGACUUUCCACCCGAUAUCCUUGAUUAUCCCACCAGCACGGAUAUAGUGAUGCAAGAGGGGGCGAAUGUAACGCUGAAAUGUGCAGCAGUUGGUUCACCAACACCUACCAUAACAUGGCGACGUGAAGGAGGCGAACCCAUACCACUACAUAACAAUACCGAAGGUGAGCACUUUGCAUCCGAAACUUUUGAAAGUGGCUACAAAAUAACUAUGCGAUUAACCAUAAAGGAUGUUGACACAUCAGACUUCGGUUYUUACCGUUGUGUGGCGAAAAAUUCUCUUGGUGAUACGGAUGGCACAAUUAAACUCUAUC